AAUAAGUUUUGUUUCAAAUGUAAUAGAAUGUCGAACUAAUUGAACGUUUCUAUUUUCUUUGAUGUCGUUAGAUUUGAGCUAUUCUGGAUCAGAUCAUAUUUUUUAAAAUUUUUAAUCUACAAAAAUUGUUGAGAAAUGGCGGACUCCAGUACUAUUAUGUCUCCCGAAAAUGACAUUACCCAAGGAGCAACUAUAACAGAGUUGGACGAUGAUGAUGUUCCAAUGGAUCAAGGAUGUGAUGUGAAGGAUGUGAAUGGAGACGGUUCAGGUACAGAUGGUGACAGUGAUGAUGACUCCAUGCCAGAUUUAGUCGACAAUAUAACAACAUCAACGGCAUCUGCUCAUGUUGAUCCCAAGACAACAUCAGCGACUGCAACGAAGGCUUCUCUGUCAGCUGAUGUGAUGAACUUACUCAACCAAGCAAGUGCUGGAGGAGAUGCUGAAGAGCAGGAGCAAGUAAAGGCAAAACAAUCAAGAAAUGAAAAGAAAGCUAGAAAGGCGAUUGCAAAGCUGAAUUGUAUGAAGAACAUCACUGGUAUUACACGCGUAACAAUAAGGAAAUCGAAGAAUAUUCUUUUCGUUAUCAACAAUCCUGAUGUUUUAAAAAGUCCAGCUUCAGAUACGUAUAUCGUAUUUGGUGAAGCAAAGAUUGAAGAUCUGUCCCAACAAGCUCAACAUGCCGCAGCUGAAAAGUUCAAAAACACAAUUCCAUCUGCCGCAGAAAAUGCAACUACUGCUGCAAGCGUUCAAGAUGACAGUGAUAAUGAUGAGGAGGUUGAUGACUCUGGUGUCGAAAGUAAAGACAUUGAACUUGUUAUGCAGCAGGCGACCGUGACCCGUAACAAAGCCAUUAAAUCUCUCAAAAAGAAUAAUAAUGAUAUUGUCAAUGCAAUCAUGGAAUUAACUAUGUAGCGAAGGCAAAUUUCGCACAUGCUCAUCGGCUGGUCUCAACCAUGCGUCACUAUGACAAAUACUGUGGUGUAGCUUGUCAAUCAUCAUGAUGCAGUUCUAUUGUUUUGGAUUUUUGACGCGAAUGCUGUUGUGCAUGUAUUGCGAAAUGAUUUGUCGUUUCUCCUUUUGUAAUUUUGUCCCAUUUUUCAUGUACAAGUGUUUGAAAUAGUAUGUUGUUGGGUGUUUAGGAGAUGUGCUAUACCCCAAGAAAUAAAAUUCUGGCCAAAA